CCUGUGGGGUCUGGGGGGUCCCUAUGGGGGUUUCUAUGGGGUCUGGGGGGUCCAUUUAUGGCUUAUAUGAGACAAGUGGGCGUGGCCACACGAGGCCACGCCCCUCGGUGGGCGGGACGCCCGCUGACCACGCCCACUUCCGACAGUUACCUCCUGGGUGGCUCCGCCUCUUCUGGCAGCGACGGGGAGGAGGAGCCAACUGAAGCUCCGCCCACCUCCCACCAACGCCCCGCCCAUGUGGGCGGUGCUACCACGGCUAAGCCCCGCCCCCCGACACCGCCCUCGUCCAAUGGCAACACUCCUGAAGGUGACGCUGAGGACAGCGCUGGGGACACAGAGGACGAAUUGCGGCGGGUGACCUCGCUGCCCCCCGAUGACCCCUAUGGCGGCUCCACAGAGGAGAACACCGACAGCGACGACGACCCCAUCCCCCCACUGCCCGGUGCGACCCCCUGACCUUUGACCUCUGGG